CAUGGCAACGGCUGCAGCUCUUUAUCGUCCGCGAGCGCAUCGAAUAUUCAGCCCACGUACAGUAAACGGGGCUUCCGCGUAAACACAAGCGUGUCGUGCGGUGACGAGUUCAUGCUGAUGUUAUAGGAUCUCGCACUGUAUGUCACAUCACUGUGCAUAUCCUGGUUCAUAUUUAGGGUGUAGUUUCGGGUAAAGAUAAAGAGAGAACCCCGGUGCACUCCUCCAGUCCCCUCCCCCGGCGCUCAGAUGCCUGUAGCCGGCAGAGGAAAGCUCUUUUUCGGUCAGAUGGCGUGCCGCAGUCCGCCCCCACAUUUCUCUCGCCCACACUAGCAGCAAAAAGACUCUCAUUAACAACCCAGAUACUGCCAGCAAAAAGCAGCCAGGCACGGACUUGGACGCUCCGCACUUUUAUUCUCAUUGUUUACCUUUAAACUAUUUCUAUAAACAUGCUCGAGUCGUUUAAUGUCGAGUUUAUUCAGGAGUAAUAACACCAGGCGAUUUCUUUAUUUACACUCAAACAUGCAGUGUCGCACUUUUAUUCUGUAAACAAAGCGAGAAAUCCAGCAAACUGAGAGCAAAGACAAUCUAACACCAGAGAAACCAACUAAAAAGAAGGGGCGAGGAAACAGCAAAACAAAACGUGUCCCAGUGUUUGUCUAAUCCGAUUCCUGAAUCGGUUCUUUCGGAAUCCCACGAGCUGUAGUAGAGCAGCAGGAGGAUGUCGGUGCCGCGCACAUUGGGCGAGCUGCAGCUGUACCGUGUGCUGCAGAGAGCAAACCUGCUCAUGUACUACGACACCUUUAUCCAGCAGGGCGGUGACGAUGUGCAGCAGCUGUGUGAAGCUGGAGAAGAGGAAUUCCUGGAGAUAAUGGCUCUGGUUGGGAUGGCUACAAAGCCCCUGCAUGUGCGGCGCUUGCAGAAAGCCUUGCGUGACUGGGCCGCUAAUCCCGCCGUCUUUAACCAACCCCUGACCUCGGCCAUGGGAGGAAUCCCGCUUUUUAAAAUCGACAGCAUCGUGGGCUCCAGGAAGUUAAGUAAUGGCCAGCCGGCGUCCCCAUGCGACAGGGAGGAUCAGGGAGCUUGUCUGACUCCGCUCCGAGAUAACGGCAGUCCGAGGAGCCCAUGCUCCCAGGCAUCGCCGCUUCCUCCAGAUCACCAUCUAUACAGGGACAAACUGUCCCCCAUGGAGCCUCACUGGCUCAGUCCAGAAUUAGACGGGAGCGUUGGAGCAGAGGAAGACCAGCCCAGUCCUCCUUUGCCUCUUUUGGUCCACUCUCGUAACAUAGGUCAAUCAACACCACCCACAUCGUCCUCCUCCUCAUCCUCCCCUUGGCCCGGAGGACAGCUGGAUGCAGACACGGCGAAGGCAGUAGGGGAAAGUGUGGAGCGUCUGUUCAGAACAGUGCCUCACACAGACCCGGCCGAGGUGAAGAGUCUCCUGAGGCUCAAUAAGAAGAUGGCCAAAACAGUGGGUCACAUUUUCAUCAUGGAUCCACACGACAAGAGCAAAGAGGAGGAGAUCCGCAAGUACAGCCUCAUCUACGGCCGCUUCGACUCCAAGAGGAGGGAGGGCAAGCAGCUGACGCACCAUGAGAUGAUCAUUAACGAAGCGGCGGCGCAGUUCUGCAUACGUGACAAUGCGCUGUUACUGAGACGGGUGGAGCUUUUCUCUCUGGCUCGGCAGGUGGCGAGGGAAUGCGCCUACACCUCCACGCUGAAACACAGCAGGACCAACCCUGAAGACUGUACCAAUUCCUUUAUGGACAACAGUGCACCAAAAAGAAUCAAACUCGAGGUCACAGAUUCAGACGUUAACCAGAUCCGAGGAUCGAAGAGCGCUGACACGGCGAUUCACAUCGGUCUCAGGUCAGCGGCAGACGACGACAGUCUGUCAGGAGAAAGUCUGGACAGUUUAUCUCAUGAUGUAGGGCCUCACUCUCUCCCCUCGUCAUCCCCCCGCCCCCUUGCCGACACCAUCGGCCCCGUCACCUGGAGUCGCCAGCUCAUGCAGCAAACGCUCAUGGACGAGGGCCUGCGAUUGGCUAGAAUGGUGUCACGUGACCACAUGGCCAAGGUCAGCCUAGGGUCAGAGAAGAGACAGACUUCAGAUUUUUUACCAUCAUUCUGGCGUCUCUAAGUCAAGAGCAUUAAUCAGAGAGCCGGAGGGCCGAGCAUCAGACAGACGAGGUUUAAAUGCAUCCCAACAGAGCAGCAGCCCUGCCAGCACCAAAGACGACCCUUAAAGGGACACCAGCAGGAGCCAGAAGUUGCCUUGCUGCUCAACUCAGGUCUCAUACGACUCGAACCCUCCGGAGAUUUUUACACCUGCUUUCCCAAAACUGUCUCAUGUUAGCUAGCACAUCACAGGUCCAGUGUUAGAAUGUUAUUCAAUUGUGAGUCAGUGGCUGGAUGAAGAUGUGUGUUGUAGAUCAGACUGAUAGUCUGAGUUUAGUACAGUUCAGUGAAUUCUCAGGGGGGCGUGGCUUCAUACAACAUUAAUAAGCUGAUGCAUGAUCAGCCAUGACAACCAUACAAUACAAAACAGUUGUUAUGCAAUGCGGCAAAGACACACGUGUACACACACACUCACACACACACACUCACAAACACACACACGCACAAAAAACUACUAAACGCACAGACGACACGCCUCCUUUUCUUGGACUGACAGACACAGAAGCCAUACCUUCUUCCUUGGGACUGCAUUCACUCUUUACUUUGGACUAAUCUUCAUCAAUCUUCAUCACCGGGACUAAACAAAGGCCACGCCUUUUUUCCUGCAAACUGUCCAUUACAGAGGCCACACCUCCUUUAUCAGGACUGACAUAAACAAAGGCCACGCCUCUUAACUGAGACAGAAGCUGGGAUGUCUCUUUCCCUGAAACUAGAAUUUAAUUCAAUUAAAUUUUAUUGUCACAAAGCAGCUUUACAUGUAUAUGAAAUUGUUCAUUAGCCAUAAUAGACACAGAGGCCACGUCCCCUUCAUUGGAAAAUUGUUUAGUUCUCUGAACCCACACACUAUACACUUUACAGUGCAUUAUAGACUUUUCUCAUUUUGUCAUUAUGUCUGAAAGUAUAAUAGAGAACACCCAAAAAUCCCACAGUGUAUUAAGUAAGUGUCUAAAUGAUCUGGGACAGAUUACCCAUAAUGCACUCUGUGCCAGACUUGGUCAUAAAAGGGCAGGAAGGAGAUUUACAUUUCUUGUAGAUACCUAGAGUAUUUCUGUUGCUGUUACUUCAGUAACACAGCCGUAGGUUUAGGUUCGUGUCUGUGUCCUAAUUAACGGCAUGUAACUUUAGUUUAAAGACACGGUGCAGUGAUAACGUACUACAAACCGGAGCUGAAUCCGAGUCGCUCCGAGUGUAAAAUUAGAUCGUACAGUGAUUAAAGGAACCGGGUUUUUAAUUGUGGUUUAUUAACUAAGACCAUUUUAACACUAACGGAUUAAACUUAUACAGAAUUUAAGCAUAUGAACUGUAGUAAAAGUAUGGGAUAUUAGUUUGUGUUAUUUUUCAAAACAUUUAAAGGUAGAAAGCGAACUAGGUUUAAAUCCUGAUCCCAUGAGGAUCAUCCGGGAGGUUGUAUGUGUGUUUUUGUGGCAUCUCAUAGUAGAAAUCAUUUUUGUCUUAAUGGCAUCAGAUAAUUUAUUUUUUAAUAUUCUCAAUAAAUGGUAUUUUAUUGUUUA